AAAAGCGGAGGGAGGGGUGAGGCAGACCGAGAGCGAGUGGCGGGGACGGAAGGGAAGGCAGAGCGAGGAGAGGGGGAGCACAUGUGUAUGCUUGUCACUGAGGGAGGCGAGGUAGCUGGCCGCGGCCGCCAUAUGCUGACUGGAUUCUUGUUCAUAUGCGCUGCGUGAAGACUGCAUGCUGGUGCUGGAGAACACGUCAUGGGAAGCUCACAUCUCCUCAACAAAGGCAUGCCUCUAGGCAUCAGACCGCCGAUCAUGAAUGGGCCCAUGCACCCGCGGCCGCUGGUGGCUUUGCUGGAUGGGCGCGACUGCACCGUGGAGAUGCCCAUUCUGAAAGAUGUUGCGACCGUGGCCUUCUGCGAUGCUCAGUCCACACAGGAGAUCCACGAGAAGGUGUUGAAUGAAGCUGUGGGAGCACUGAUGUACCACACCAUCACUCUGAUGAGAGAAGACCUGGAGAAGUUUAAAGCUCUCCGCAUAAUUGUGCGCAUCGGCAGUGGCUACGACAACAUCGAUAUCAAGUCUGCUGGCGAACUUGGAAUAGCUGUGUGUAACAUGCCGGCUGCCUCAGUGGAGGAGACGGCUGACUCCACGCUGUGCCACAUCCUCACCUUGUACCGACGGACCACGUGGCUGCAUCAGGCGCUGCGAGAGGGAACACGGGUUCAGAGUGUGGAGCAAAUCCGAGAGGUAGCUUCAGGGGCUGCGAGGAUUCGAGGGGAGACACUGGGACUCAUUGGACUUGGUCGGGUGGGCCAGGCUGUUGCUUUGCGAGCUAAGGCUUUCGGCUUCAACGUCAUUUUCUAUGACCCCUAUUUGGCUGAUGGUGUCGAAAGAUCACUGGGCCUUCAAAGGGUCACCACACUACAGGAUCUGCUCUUCCACUCUGACUGCGUCUCACUGCACUGCAGCCUGAACGAACACAACCACCACCUGAUCAACGACUUCACCAUUAAGCAGAUGCGUCAGGGGGCGUUUCUGGUCAACACAGCCAGGGGGGGUCUGGUGGACGAGAAGGCCCUCGCUCAGGCCCUGAAGGACGGGAGGAUACGUGGAGCUGCCCUGGAUGUUCACGAGACAGAGCCUUUCAGUUUCAGUCAGGGCCCGCUGAAGGAUGCUCCCAAUCUGAUCUCCACUCCUCAUGCUGCCUGGUACAGCGAACAAGCCUCAUUGGAGAUGAGAGAAGAGGCAGCCAGGGAGAUUCGAAGGGCAAUCACAGGCCGCAUUCCAGACAGUCUGAAGAACUGCGUCAAUAAGGAGUUCCUGACUCAGAACAACCACUGGGCAGGAGUGGAUCCAGCUACUGUCCACCCAGAACUCAACGGCGCCUACAGGUAUCCACCAGGGGUUGUAAGUUUGCCAACCAGUGGCCUACCGCCUCCCGUUGAAGGCAUUGUGCCCAGUGCUGUGCCCAUCACACACACACUACCGCCUGCUGUCACACACCCGCCACAUGCACCGUCACCUGGGCAAAACACAGUCAAGCCACCAGAGGGCGACAGAGAACAGCAUCCAAAUGAUCAACUGUAGUCCUUCUUGGCCCCUGCUGCAAAGUCAUCACGGCAAGUCCUCACAGUCAAAAUUAAGUCAACCGGUUGAGGUCUAAAUAACUACUGAUUCCAAAUGUACAGGCAAUUGGCACCGAGUCGCUUGUUCACACUCCAAAGAGAAAGUAGAAGAUGGUACCAGUCAUGCUCAACAAGAGGAAAGACUAUUUUGCUCAUUUGGAGAAAAAAAAACAUUAAAUCAGUUGUCUUAAGACUGUCGUAUUUCCAGAGAUAGAGGAGCAGGUUUCAUAUCUUUCUCUAUUUUUGUCAUUUCCUUAGUUUGACGUACAAGCAAAAGUAGUAGGCUAUGAAAUGAAUGUAAGCUGUGUGUGUACAUUUUUUGACUACUGGCAAGAAGAUACUGAUAAUUGUAUUCCAGUAUUGAGAAAAAGUAGACUUCCAGUAUGUGAUCUCAAUUGGCUUAAUCACUUCGAGAUUUUUCUUUCUGCGUGCGUUCAGACUAACCAGCCCCCUCCAAAGAGGCAGCUUUUUUUGCACACCAUCUCAGGAAAUUACGUUUCCGCAGUUAUAUUCUUUUCUUAAAUUUAAGACUUCCAUUUUCUGCCACUUAGUGCUUUUUGUUCUUCUGACUGCUGGCCUUUUCUUGUCCCACUCCAUGAUGAAAAUCAAACUUGAAGAGCUUAAGUUCAUCCAACGUUUGCUGUAGUUUGCUAUGUUUAAGGGGCAUGCAAUUUUGGACUUGUAAAUGUUCAACCCAUAUUGAGGGCUUGUGAAAUGAAAGACUGUAGAAAGGUGGCGAAAUGGUAUGCUUGGCUGGGACAACUUCAUCCCCAGUCAAGAUUUUCUUAUUUCAAAACAAAGUUUUGACAGGCUGUCAAUGUUAUGAUGCGUUGAGACGCUGUCCUGUAGCAGAUUUUAAAAAUUGGUAAAAACGUGUACUCUAUCUCCUUCAUGUCUUCAUAAUCCAGAGCUUCCACUAUCACAUGUAGUAUUCAAUAGUUGCAGAGUGUGACAAGUUCUGCGCAAGGUCUACAAAUGGUGCACAAACUAAUGAGUGUGUGUUGCUUCACUUUCUGCUGAGGGUUCUACAGAUUUGCCAAGACCCUCAAAAUCAUCAGACUCCUCUGCCUUCUGACAUCAACUGGGGUGGCAUGGCUCAGGUAGUAGAGUGGUUGCCUUCCAACCUGAAGGAGGCUGGUUUGAUCCUCAGUCCUCCUGUGACUAUGUCAAAGUAUCCAUGGGCAAGAUGCUGAACCCCCAGUUACUGCUGAUGCUGUGUCAUCAGUAGGUAAAUGUAACAGUGGUAUCAAAGUGCUUUGAUUCUAUUUACCAUCAUGUUUGGUUCCUGACUUUUAGUCAUUUCUAUAAACAAAUCUGAGGAAAAAAAACAAAGCUCUGUUUCCAAACAAGAAGGUUUUAAGUUUGUGAAGGACAACACUCCAGCCUACUAUCCCUUUAACAUUUCAUGAUGGGUCCUUAGUAAGUAUACCGUUUAGCCACCGCUGUGCUCUCUGUGUCUGUGUACAUAAUAUGGUGUUCUGCCUGCCUGUGUCAAUGUGACUUGGUUGUAUCUGUGUCUAAAAAGCAGCGCUGGGAAGGAGGAGUGGUGCAUUGUACUCCUGAAGGCAUCGUCACUAAGUCUUCCAUUGGAAUUCAACAUAAAACAAUUACAAUGUGGGGGUCUUGACCAGUCUCGUGGUUCAAACCAGGUAUGGGGAACCAACGGCCGGUGCCCCAUAUAAGCCCCACAAGAGCAUUUCAUCACAGCACAUGCUCAUGUGCUGUUAUAAAAUGUCCAAAACAAUUAAUCCAGAAAUGCUCAUAUCUUCUUCACCUGAGAUUAAACAGAAAAGAAUAAUACAAAGUUUGUAAUCUUGGAAGUUGAGCCAGGUCACGUUGCUUUUAGGAACCCACUCUACCAGUGUCUAAGUAGUAAACAGUUCACUGUUGCCUACCUGUUCCUCUUUAGGGUGAGGUAGUAAGCGUAGCAAUCAGGGAUGGAAAUUUCACAUCAACAUUAUUGGUGGGUCUCCUACAACCUAAGCUUGUGCCAAAAUCGCAUUGGGGUGUCUCCAUUAGAUAGCACAGAGGUUCAAUAUCACUGUAUGUCUAGGACCUUUGGGAUUCCCAAAGGAAUUCUGUGAUAUUGUGAAGUCGAACCUGACACAUUCCUCACAAGAUGCCUGUCACUUUGCAGAGAGUGCAUUAUUUCCAUGGCAACCUUAAUGAAAACUGCCGUCAUCAAGACAAACAGCACAUGAACUCUAUAAAUUGCUCCUUGAAAUUCCAUCCCUGGUAGUGACACACAGUCCGCUGUUGUCUACCCUUUGUCCCCUUUAUGGUUAAGUAGUAGGCGUAGCAAUAUACAGUAUACAUAUUCUAUAUUCUACAGUAAAUAUUAUUUUUGGUCAAAACUGACAAAGAUAUGUUUGUGAUUGUAUGCAUUUGUAUGAAUUAUUUUAAAAGGAAAUAAAACCGUGGAAGAUGA